CUCUCUCUCUCUCUCUCUACACACACACACGCAUCAUGGUUUGCUCCAGCUAUUUGUUGGUCAACCUGGCCCAUGUGACAGCCUUUGCCUUCUUUUCUGUUUGUUUGAUUGUUCGAAUUUGACGCUCCAUUUGGAUCUUCUCUGCAUAUCCGGGCAUGCCGAAAAUGCUUUGAUUGUAGCAUUAUGGGCACAUUUCAUGUUGAUUCGACCAAGGCCAUAGUAUCCGCAGAAUUCAGUCGUCCUUUAAUGAGUCACGGUGUGGUUCAGGUUCUACAAAAGCGCGACUCCAAUCAUAGAGCCAUACAGAUGGCGCGAAUCAAGAGGAAUUAUUCAAUGGAAUAUUUCUAUAAUUUUAUCAGGAAGACAGAGUAGCAAGUCACCAAAAAACCUUUCCCUACGGCUGCUUCCUAGGAGUCCAGUUUGGGCAACAAAUUGGGUCUUAGCCAUUUGACUGAGGAUUUGGAUAGAUAGGAUUGGAAUGCAAUGAUUUCCUCAUACUGGCCACAAAAGGAUGCUUAUUAUUAUUUCUUUUUUUUUUUUAAUUUUUUAUUAUAUCAAUUGGCAGGUACCGCAUGGUCAUGGGAAAGAAAGAUGCUUGCUCAAGUGAGCUGGUAGUUUUAGGGAGUUUAGGUUCCGGUUUGCUGAAAAAGAAGGGAUUAAGAGGAUCCCUUCCUGAUGCUGGUUCUGCUGCCAAGACGUUUACAGUUCUGUCUGGAGUUCACAGUUUGGUAAUUUGCUUCUUGAAGAAACUUGGAGGAAAAGAUGAUGCCAUUAAUGCAGGUGUAGCAGGCUGCUGCACAGGUCUUGUUAUGAGUUUCCCAGGAGCACCACAGGCUCUACUACGGAGUUGCAUCAGCUUUGGAGCUCUCUCGUUUAUGCUUGAAGGGCUUAAUAAGAAGCAGGAGGCGCAGGCGCAGUCUCUUUUACCUGGAAGUGGGAGCAAUGGAACCAGAGAACUUGUUCUUCCCCCUUUCACACUUCCUCUACCACUGCAUGUUAGGGGGGGAUCUUCCUGCUUUCAUGAAUUUGUAAAGAAGUAUAGAAGAGCUACUCAUCCCUGAGGAACUAUCUUGGUCCCUUCAUGCGUAUUCUCUUAUAUCAAUGAUUUUCUAGGAACCGGGUUUCUCUUUUACUUUAAAACAUCUUUGGGCAGGAUGACUUUUCCACUGGAUUCUGGAAACUGAAUUUUAGUGCAUCCUUCUGUUAAGAGAUCCAAGUAUUGAUGGAACAAAUUCCAUGGAGUAUUAAUCUCUUUUCUUCAA